GUGAUUCCAGGCAGCACUGUCGGCGCCCUCGGCCGGCCCACAGGGCCGCUGGCGGGAGUCGGGCGAGCACGGCAAGCUUCACGACGCGCUGCAGCCCCCUCUGAGCAGGGUGGCACGGCAACUGCCAGGGUCUGAUAUUCUGACUCGGCUGUCUGAGGCGUUCCGGGAGAAGAUGCACCAGAAGAGCGAGGGAGUCAUGGACGCGGUGGACCAGGUCGGCAAGGCGCUGGGCACGAUCGGAGACACGGUGCACCAGGCCAUCAGCGACGGCCUCACCGCUGGCGCCCUGGCGGACGGCGGCGAGCGUUCGUCGGCAGGCCAGGUGGGCCAGGUCCUCUCCUCCAUCGGGGACACGCUGCACAAGGUGGUGUCCGGCGGCCAGGGCGACGGCCAGCGCUCGACGGGCCCGCAGGUGGACGCCGCGUCCGAGCCGGGCGCGGACGCCCCGCUGGGACACAUCCUGACGUCCAUCGGGGACAAGCUGCGGAAAGUGGCCGACGGCGGGGAGGACGGGGAGCGCGCCCUCGGGGAGGUCGGGCAGCAGGUGGGGAAGGUCCUGACAUCUGUUGGGGACACCAUCCGAGACGUGAUCAGGGAACGACAAGAGGAGGGCGACGACGACGACGACGACGUGGCGCGUCUAGUUGCCGACCCGGGCGACAACGGAGAGAAGGUCCCGUGUAAUAACGGCAUGGGCAUGAUGAACCAAAUGAACGCCACUGCCACCAUGAUGAACAUGAACGCGCGACGCAGGAGGGGCAGAGGCAGACGAGCGGCCGUUUGAUCUUACAAGUCGGAAUGUGUUUCGCCCACUCAAUAGGUAUUUGAACAAAAAACAAUAUUUAUACUAGUUUGAAAUAUGAUAAUAAAUGGACUGCAUUGGGUAAA